UGGUAAAUGAAAGACUGAUGUAUUUUAUAGAGAAACAUGGUUUAAUUGAAGGAUUUCAAAGUGGAUUUAGGAUAGGGAGGAUUAUGGAUUAUGGAAGUGUAGUGUAUGGUUCUGCUGCAAAAACUGUAUUAGCUGUGAUCCAGGCUCAGGCUCUUAGGCUGUGUGUAGGGGCAAGAAGAACAUCACCUGUGUGUGCCUUGCAAGUUGAAGCAGGAGAAAUGCCACUGUCUUUACGUAGGAAGAGUUAAUUAUUGGAUGAAUCUAAGAGGACAUGAAUAAAAUCACCCAACCGGAAAAGUGUUACAACAAUGUUGAGAAAGGGAGAGAACAAUGAAUUUAAGUUUUGGAUGGACAGGAAAUGAAACAGCAAGAGACCUGGGGGAUGUAUGAAAUGGAGUUCUGCCCGACAGUAUUGUGGCCUGCAACCCCUGUGUGGAUGUUACAGUAUGGUAAUGGGACACUUCACAUUAUAGGAAAACAUGUAAAUGGAUUAUGUGACUAUUGUCAGACCCCAGAAACAGAGAGGAACGGAAGGAAAUGCUGGAGGAGAUGAGGAGAGAAGGACUCACAGGAUCAAGCUUAAAGGACAUACUGGCGUGUGGUGAGGCUGGGAAAGGCAGAAAGUGUCCGAUGUGCUUUCUAAAAAGAACUCGACUCAUAUGGAGAAUAUGAGGCACUGGAUAAUAUAGGAGUCAAAUAACUCCAGAAGAUGGCGGUGAUGCAACGCUAAGGAUGCAAACUGCCGUUAAACCACAGAGAAGAAGAAGAAGAAGGACACGCCCCUUACAUCAGUAAGUUUCACUUGAGACUUUUGGCGGUAGAUCCAGCAGCGGAAAUGGUGCACCGAGCAGUCAUCCUUCUCCUUUGUUUGUUGGGAUUCCUUCAGAAAGGUCUAGCAGCUGUGAUAGAGACUCAGCAGACUGUGAUGGCAGCAGUGGGAGAAGAGGCUCUUUUAACCUGUCAGCUGAUGCAACCUAAAGAUGUUGUUCAAGUCACAUGGCAGAAAGUUUUACCUGAGGGGGUGAAGAAUAUCGCUACUUACACCGAAUACUUUGGUCAGAGAGUGAAUCCUGACUUUAGAGAUAAAGUGGAGUUUAAAUAUGCUGGACUGCAGAACAGCUCCAUAGUUAUCAAGAGGGUGACGGAGGAAGAUGAAGGAUGCUAUUACUGUUUGUUUAACACCUACCCUGACGGAGCUCUCACUGGUUCAACCUGCCUCCAACUCUAUGGUGUUGAUGAGGAAUCUGGGUCUGAUAACAGUGAUCGCAGUCCAAAACAUCUUUACUGAUUCAAGAGAACAAGGUGCGUAAGAAGAGGUCUCCUGGGAAAAAGAAAGAAAAUGGCUUCCCAAAAGAAUCAUCUCUGAGAGCAGGGUGUCAGCGACAGCAGCUUUUACCAUAGCCACAGGACUGUUAAACCAAAACAGAGGAACUAGAAGAAAGCAGCUCCCUGGAGCUUCAACAGUCACAUGUAGAGCUCUGAAGCAGGUAACUUCACUCUAACUCAGAGUCACAGUGACUGCAACACAGUGCAACAGUAAAGCUUUGAUUCAAACUAAUCUAACAGGCAGAUGACCAGAAUACAAGCUGGUGUGUUUUGAUGACAACAAGGAAAUGUCCUGUGAGGUUAUAGCGCCAUCUAGUGUGCUUUGUGAGGAGGAAGACGUUCACAUGAGCCCAAGUGUGUGCACAUAGCACAUUUGUAAAUAACUAUAACUGUAUGCAGCUAUAAAGUUUAAUUUACAGCUAACAUAUUAAAUAACACACAUGAUGUUAUAUUCUGCAUAAUAUUUUCUAUGUUUGCACUCAUAUGUUUCUGCACUUGAUGUGCUGUGCAGUAUGUCCAAGGGGUUUCUAAUGAUCUAAUGUUUUAGAUAAUUAUUCUCUGACUGUUUAUGUAAAUUUAUUUUUGUUUUGUUUAUAAAACAAGUGUGUUAAUGUCACGAGAGAUUUGGCAUCUGUGCACUACACAUUUUGUUGCCUCUGAUUCUUACUUAUGACAGGUGUUUGUCCAGUGAUGUACAGUAUGUCUCUGGGUAGUUAUAACUGAAAAAAUAUGAGUGUUUAGAAAGUCUUUUCACUGCACCAACCUGCCACAAAGAACUUUGAGUCAAUAACACUUGAUGGAGAAAUGAAAUGAUUUAGCCACACAAUUAUUCUCUGCCAUGAUCUUUUAAUGUAAAUAUUUUGUCAUAUCUGAAAAAGUCUUACAGCAAUUCACUGUUAUAUAUG